UUUUUUUCCUUUCCUCUUUGAAAGAAUCUGUUGAUACUCUUCUUUUCUUGAAGCUCAACUUGAUAAUUAGUUAUGUUAUCUACUAAAUUGAGAAAUUUGACUUCGGUGGCCCGUUGUUCAAAAGCCAAUUUUUCAACCUCAUCGGUUGUUAAACAAGUUAUUGGUAAUGAUGUUAAAGGUGAUACUUUUAAUGCUGCCAAAUAUAUGGGUCAAAAAUAUCAUGUAAUUGAUCAUGAAUAUGAUUGUGUUGUUGUUGGUGCCGGUGGUGCCGGUUUAAGAGCAGCCUUUGGUUUAGCAGAAGCUGGAUAUAAAACUGCUUGUAUUUCAAAAUUAUUCCCAACUAGAUCUCAUACCGUGGCUGCUCAAGGUGGUAUCAAUGCUGCUUUAGGAAAUAUGCAUAAAGAUGAUUGGCAUUGGCAUAUGUAUGAUACUGUUAAAGGUUCCGAUUGGUUAGGUGAUCAAGAUGCUAUUCAUUAUAUGACUAAAGAAGCCCCAGCUUCAAUUUACGAAUUAGAAAAUUAUGGGGUUCCAUUUUCAAGAAAUGAAGAAGGUCGUAUAUAUCAAAGAGCUUUUGGUGGUCAAUCAAAAGAAUAUGGUAAAGGUGGUCAAGCUUAUAGAACUUGUGCAGUUGCUGAUAGAACUGGUCAUGCUUUAUUACAUUCUUUAUAUGGUCAAUCUUUAAGACAUGAUACUCAUUUUUUCAUUGAAUUUUUUGCAAUGGAUUUAUUAAUGCAAGAUGGUGCUUGUGUUGGUGUGGUUGCUUACAAUGAAGAAGAUGGUACUUUACAUAGAUUUAGAUCUCAUAAAACCGUUAUUGCUACUGGUGGUUAUGGUCGUGCUUAUUUCUCCUGUACUUCUGCUCAUACUUGUACUGGUGAUGGUUAUGCAAUGGUUAGUCGUGCUGGUUUACCUUUAGAAGAUUUGGAAUUCGUUCAAUUCCAUCCUUCUGGUAUUUAUGGUUCUGGUUGUUUAAUUACUGAAGGUGCUAGAGGUGAAGGUGGUUUCUUGGUUAAUUCUGAAGGUGAACGUUUUAUGGAACGUUAUGCUCCAAGUGCUAAAGAUUUAGCUUCUAGAGAUGUUGUUAGUCGUGCUAUUACUAUGGAAAUUAAUGAAGGUAGAGGUGUUGGUCCAUUAAAAGAUCACAUGUAUUUACAAUUAAGUCAUAUUCCUGCUUCUGUUUUAAAGGAAAGAUUACCAGGUAUUUCUGAAACUGCUCACAUUUUCGCUGGGGUUGAUGUUACAAAAGAACCAAUUCCAAUUUUACCAACUGUUCAUUAUAAUAUGGGUGGUAUUCCAACCAAAUGGAAUGGUGAAGUUGUUAAACAAAAUGAAAAGGGUGAAGAUGAAGUUGUUCCAGGUUUAUUGGCUUGUGGUGAAGCUGCUUGUGCUUCAGUUCAUGGUGCCAAUAGAUUAGGUGCCAACUCUUUAUUAGAUUUGGUUGUUUUCGGUAGAGCUGUUAGUCAUACCAUUAGAGAUUCUUUAACUCCUGGUACUCCAUUACCACCAGCUCCAAAAGAUUUAGGUUAUGAAUCAAUUGAAAACUUACAUAACUUAAGAACUGCUAAUGGUACUAAGUCCACUGCUGAUAUUAGAAAUGAUAUGCAAAGAACUAUGCAAAAAGGUUGUGCAGUUUUCAGAUUACAAGAUACUUUAGAUGAAUGUGUUGAAAACAUCAAUAAAGUUGAUGAAUCAUUCAAACAUGUUAAAACCACUGAUAGAUCAAUGAUUUGGAAUUCUGAUUUAGUUGAAACUUUAGAAUUACAAAACUUACUUACUUGUGCUACUCAAACCGCUGCUUCUGCCGCUGCUAGAAAAGAAUCAAGAGGUGCUCAUGCAAGAGAUGAUUACCAAGAAAGAGAUGAUGUUAACUGGAGAAAACACACUUUAUCUUACCAAGAUUCUUUCGGUGCCCCAGUUAAAUUAGCUUACAGAGAUGUCAUUGCUACUACUUUAGAUGAAAGUGAUUGUAAACCAGUUCCUCCAGCUAAACGUGUUUAUUAAUCUCCUCUUCUGUUUUCUGCAAGGAGUCAUUAUGUUAGCAUGUAAUCAAUUGAAUAAAAAUUUCUCUUAAUUUUCAAGAUAACCAUCUUAAUUAUCAAGUUAUUUAUUUUAUUCUUUUAUUCCCUUUUAAACUAUUCAAUAACUCUAUUUCUAUUUAGUUUUUAUUACUGUAU